AUGGCUUUCCUUCCGUCAUCUGAGCACGCUGCCCCCGAGCACGACUCCAAGUCCACCAAAGAAUCCCGACACAUCCUCCCCAGAUCCAAAUCUUCCAAAGCUAUGGAGAAGGAAGCCGAAGCAGCCAAAGGCGGCAUGGUCGACCACGAAAAUGCCGCCAGAAUCCACGAGGAUGCUGCCAAGAAACACGAAGAGCUUCGGAAGCAGGAGGAAGCCAAAAAAAUGGAAGAAGCCAAGGAAUCUUUGAAGAUUUCGGCGGCACAGAAGGCAGAGGAUGCUCGGAAGCUCAAAGAGGCUUUGAAGAACGAGGCGAAUUGCAAGGCCGAGGAAGCCAAGAAAAAGAGGCAGGAGUCGAAGCGCGAAGCCGCUAAGAAGAAGGAGCUUUCCAAAAUGGAGAAGGAGGUUGCCAAAAGGGAGAAGGAGCUUGUCAAAAUGGAGAAGGGGGCUGCCAAAAGGGAGAAGGGAGCUUUGAAGGGAAAAGCUGCCAGAAAGAAGAAGGAGUCAAUUGACGACCCCCCCGUUUUGCAACCCAAGAAGUCGGGGCACUUCUACCGAACCAAGUCAUACGAGCCUGCACCACCACCGGUCAAUCUUACCAAGUCGCCCAAUUUCGAGAUCGAUAGCUCCCAGAUCGCGGGAUUGAAGAUCAAGAUGAAGACGGGUGCAGAUAUUACUCUUGUGGAUUUGCCCGAGACGGCGGAAAGGAAGAAGAGCAAUAGCAAGAGUGUGGAGCCUGCAGAUCCCAAUGGUUGCGAUUGCUAG